UUGGUGCGCAUUUCAAACGGAUAAAGCAGCAGGAAACGAACCAACCGCUGGAACCAGACAUUUGAAAGCUCAAUCAAUAACGGCCAUCAAUGGCCGCAAUAUUCAGCAUCAGCUUUGCUAGUUCCGCCAUUGGAGCUCACUUCCACAGGACCAAAUUCAAUAAACCCAAGACUUUUGUAAAUCCAAUUCGUUGCACGGGUAGACUAGAAUGGGACCCAGAAGGCGUAUUGGGUGCGGCCCAAACAGGUCACAUAGCUAGACUCGAGUUCAAGAGACGCCUUGAGCAAGAUGCUGCUGCCAGAGAAGAAUUUGAACGUCAAGUCCGUGAAGAAAGAGAGCGUCGCAGAGUUCUUCGCGAGUCACGAGUGAUUCCGGAUACAGUAGAAGAGCUUGUGGAGUUUUUUCUUGACACUGAAGCUCAAGAGAUUGAGUUUGAGAUUGCCCGACUGAGACCACGAUUGAACAAAGAGUUUUUUGACCAUCUGCAAGUCGAAGUGGGAAAGCUGCGGUUUUCUAUGACCAAAACUCAGGAAGUGGAAGACAGAUUAAUUGAACUGGAAGCACUGCAAAAGGCCCUGCAGGAAGCAACGGAAGCCUAUGAUAAAAUGCAAGCAGAUAUUGUAGCAACAAAGAAGAACUUAACCGAGAUUUUGACUUCAAAGGAUGUCAAGGCUACUUUAUUGGAUUUGGUUGAGAGAAAUGAGCUGAACAGACCCUUGUUGACCCUUCUCGAUGAAAACAUUGCAACUGCACAUAGUGUUAACCAGAAACAAGCAGCAGAAUACAUGGAAAAGCUGCGAGGACUUGUUCUGAAGUACUUAACAGUAUAGGUUUUCGUUUUAAAAAUAUCAACUGCUCGUCUCAUUUUUAUACCGAGUAAUGGUGAGAAUUUCUGGUUGUUUAUAUUCUACUAAUGGUAUUAUAGUACAAAAUUUUGUAGGAAUAUGAUCCCUUGUAAUAAGAAAAAGAAAGUAUCCCCGUCUAUUUUGAAAAUCAAAGUGGAAAGAAUGUGUAAACCAUGUAAUUGAAAAUGCAUGUUUAUGAA